GCUGAGAAAUUGAAGUGAGCGCAGUUUUUGGAGCCUUUCUUCACUAUUACCAAUGCUUUCGGAAUUGGAAACCGAGAAGUAGUAGUCCCAAAGUUGAUUCAUAUUUCCACUAACUAAUAAAAUCUGCCAACUAGACGAGUUUACCAGUAAAUUUAAUAAAAAUCGGCACCUUGUUUCGACAUCACUUUUGACAUCACAUUUCUCAUGAAAUUGAAAAAUUUUCACUUAUCUCGCUGUAAUCCGGAGCCAGAAAUCGGAUCAGGGACUUUUUAAAGAAUUUUAUAAAUUAUAAAUUUUAAAUCGGUUGAGAAAUUUCCUAGAAAAUUGAGUGCGCAUUUUCUCAUAGAUCUGUGGGACCAAAGGCCUUUCGUUUGAAUUUAAGUUUGUAAAAAGCGGUCACGUCAUCUUUGAGAAGAAAGAGUGACAAUUUAGUUCAUUUUUUGUGCAUAUCACCCUGUAGUUCCGGACCCGGAAGACGGAUAGGGAUAAAAUUCAAUAGCGAUUAAUGGGAUCUUAAGACCUUUCCUUUAAAUCUGAAUUUGUGAAAAUCGGUUCAGUCUUCUCAGAGAAAAUCAAUUGACAUUAUUUGUCACAUAUACACUCACACCAAAUCACACAUUUAACUUUAUAUACAUAUUUAAAAUAAAAUCUAGUGUUAUGCCUGGUUCGCCGCCUGAGUAAACGCGAUUUGCAAAACGAUUUUCUGAUGCGACGCACCGUAACCGCAUAGCAUUUAUCCAGCCAUGACUGCUUUAAUCAAAUGAGACAAAUUCGUUCACUUGUAUUGCCGCUUCGAAAUUCGCGAUCAUUCUGGCAACCUAAGAACGCAAGAUUUUUUUCCCUAACCUAAUAUUACUCUCUGAACCAAAUCAUGAUUAUUAUGCUUCACCACUAAAACGCAUUCAGCGUAGGGAAUAAUAACAACCUGCAGUUAAAAAAAUCGUACCAACCUUUAAAUUUGUAAUAUACAAAUCGUCAGAUACGGAAUGCUAAUGAGCUGUCGACAGUAAAUGUGUCAAUUUAUCUUUCGAUAUUAAUCAUUCCAGACAAAGCUAUAAAUAUCAACAAAUAGUGCAACUAACUGAUCUUGUUUCAGGCACUCUGUCAAAGUGGAAACCCCUCGUUUUAGCGCAGAGUGUGAAGAGAUAUGCAAAGUGUUGAAGUCUCGGAGGUUAUGAUGGAUGCCGCAUUCAAAACUGCAAUGCCCGGAAGCAAAGAAACAUGUCCUCAUAUAUAAUGUUCAGUGUAGAGAAACUAACUUUGAAUUAUAGCCAACGAGUAAGUGCAAUUCUAAAGUAUAUUGAAGGAUCAUGAACUAUGGCCAUAUGCAAAUAUGAAUUAUAUAUUCAAUAGAGAGUGUUUCAAUGUUUAGCCAUGAGUUCUGUAAUGCUCAGUGUUUCAAUUAGAAGUGUUGAAUUCGUGACUCGUUAUUAUAAUAGCACACGUAUAAACAAAAAGUGAGUGGCCAAUGAGAUAGGUGUGAAAGAACUAAUAACGCAAUAUUAAUCACAUCUCCUAGAAAAUAGGAUAAUGAUCAAGUCAGCGGUAAUUUCAACUCGUUGACAAUUUAUCAUAUUAAUCUUGUAAUAAAGUGUUGGACAGGUCAUGUUAAUGGAUAGCAUAUAAAGCGUCGGUGUCGUUUUUAUGAGUUUAUAAUUGUUUACUAAUUGAGUGUGAAAAGGGAAGCACUGACGAGAAUUUGUCCGCGAAGAGAUUACAUAAAUUUGCAUAAGCUGACAGCCGCUAUCUUCUCAUUGCGUGUGAAACCAGAUACUGAUCGGGAAAAAGUGAAGUGGAUAUUAAAAUCAAUACCAUUCAUUUGUUCGUUUCGUCGGAUGGCGGAGCGAACCUUAGCUCCGAUAUACUGCUCCUUUAGAAAUAUCAACGUAAACAUAAACCGAUGAUGAUUAAUGAAUGCCAUAAUAAACAUUUACUAGUAAUCAACGUCGUACGGUGUUCUGGAUCUUACUUUAACGAGACAAUGAUUGUUCACGUUAUAAUGUAAAAUGAGAAACCUUCCACUGAUCAUGUGCAUCAUAUUCAUGUUUCUCAGGGAAAGGAUUGUGGUAAGCUUCACUUCUUCGGUUCUAUGCUCCAGAGUUCCCGGUCUCUCGCCAUACCAGAAGCAAUUGUGUAUAGAAGCACCAGACGCCGUCGUAUCUUUGAGCGCCGGACAAUUACUCGGGGCUCAUGAAUGUCAGCGCCAAUUCAAAGGUCAUCGGUGGAACUGUACGCAAGUUUGGAAGAAAGACAUGUUUGGUCACAUCGUGAUUAUUGGUUCCCGAGAAGCGUCUUUUAUUUAUGGAAUUACUAGCGCCGGAGCCGUGCAUGCGAUAACGGCAGCGUGUGCCAAAGGAAACAUUACGAUGUGCGGUUGCGACUCGAAGCAAAAGAUGCAGUUUGCCUCCGAAAGUGAUAGCUGGAAAUGGGGCGGAUGCUCUGCCGAUAUCGGGUUUGGAAUGCGCUUCACCAUGAAGUUUCUGGACGCACGGGAAAUCGAAAAUGACGAUCGAAGCUUGAUGAAUCUGCACAACAAUCGAGUGGGAAGAAAGAUUGUCAAAUUGUUGCUGCGGACGGAAUGCAAGUGCCACGGUGUGAGCGGCUCAUGCGCAAUGAAAACCUGCUGGAAAAGUCUACCUUCGUUUCAAACGAUAGGGGACGUCAUGAUAAAGAAGUAUCGCAAAGCGAAAAUGGUUCAGGCGAUUCCUAUGGUAGGAAAUGAUGCAGACCAGUUACAGCUGGUUCUGAAAAGAAGAGGUAAACUGCAACACACAAGUGUCAACAGUCAAAAACCAAAGAGAAUGGAAUUGGUUUACUUGCAACCGUCACCAAACUAUUGUGAACGAGACAUUGUUUCCGGUAUCCUGGGAACCAGCGGGCGCCAAUGCAACCGUACAUCAUCCUCACUAGACAAAUGUGACCUGCUCUGCUGUGGACGAGGCUAUAAUACGCACCAGAUUAUUCGAAGUUGGCAGUGUAACUGUAAAUUCAAAUGGUGUUGCACGGUUAAUUGUGACAUUUGCACCGAACAUAUCGAGGAGUACACUUGUAAAUAGUGCGAGAAAUUCAUUCAAAUCUCAAUUUUUGAGGAAACGAUUGUAAAUAUCCAUCGUCACCUGUAGUUUCAACUUGAACGAAAAUCAGUAUUAUUUAAAAAAUUUUGUUAUUUUUUCUAACACAUAUAUCUUACAAAACUACAAAAAUGUUUUCUCUAUCGAUGACAAAAACCCGCUAC